GCAGAAGAAGAUUGAUUAGAGACUUCAAAAGACUUUCUAGUGAUCCACCUGGUGGUGUAAGUGGCGCACCAUGUGGUGAUAAUAUUAUGAUCUGGAACGCAGUAAUAUUUGGGCCAGGCUAGUUCAAUAGCUUUCAUCUCUAUUGUUCUAAUAACGACUACAGGGGAGACGCCAUUUGAAGAUGGUACAUUCAGACUCUUAUUGAACUUUGAUGAACAAUAUCCUAAUAAGCCACCAAGCGUGAAAUUUCUAAGCAAAAUGUUUCAUCCUAAUGUUUAUGCUAAUGGUGAACUUUGUUUGGAUAUCCUUCAGAAUAGAUGGUCACCUACGUACGACGUUGCAGCAGUACUCACUUCUAUACAAUCAUUACUCCACGAUCCGAAUCCAAAUAGUCCAGCUAAUAGUGAAGCUGCAUCAUUAUACUCGAAUAAUAUGAAGGAAUACAUACGAAGAGUUAGACAGACGGUGGAGUGGUCUUGGAUAGAUCCAAACGAAUUCGAUAAAGAAGAAGAAAAAGAAAGUCAGUCUUCUAACGAAUAAAUUGUAUAUCAUUGUAUAAAUUCGAGCAUUUGAUCCUUUAAAUGAUACCACGAUCUUUGCAAUUCAAAGAUAAACAAAAUAUUAGUAAUAAUCUAUCAAAUGAUUUGUAUUCUUUAUCCUUAAAUACUUCUACAUCAUCAAAUUUAUCAAAUUACACAGAUGAUCAAGCCAAGGAUGCUAUUUGGUGGUUAUCUUUCGCUCUGACACCGGCUAAUGUUAUAAAUCACCCUCAAGUUCACCAUCAUAUACAAAUUCAUGAUCAUUGGGUUUCAAUUUGUCAUUUGAUUAAACAUACUUCUUUCUUGAAUAAAAAUAAACCUUUAGGAGGUCAACAGCAAUUAAUUGCUCAUUACGUAAAGAAAUUCCCAGAAUUUGGAUUAGAAUGCAUUUUAGAUAACGAUAAGGGUAUAUGUUUGCGGUCCAAGAACAUUGAAUUUACGCAAGUAGAAUUAGAUCAAUUUAAAGUUUACAUCCAAGGUCUUCCCUCCAAUUUAUCUGACUAUAGCGAUCUCGUUUCUUACUUAAAAUCGAGAAUUUCUUCUUCAAUACAGGCUGUGGAGCUACCAGUAUUACGAUCAGCAAAUAGUUCUAAUAACAAAGCUAAUUUAUUAGGAACAUAUAAACGAAUGGUUUUUGUGACCUUGUCAGACAUGGAGUCCGUAUCAACAGUACUCAGUCAGUGGCCGUGGAAUUCCAAUCAUCCAAUACGAUCUUUACAUUAUCCACGUUGGAAUGAAUUAAAAGAUCAGUAUCUUGCUUUCUCUGCUAAGUUAAAAUCCGAGAAUAGAUUACGUAAAACGCGAUUAGAAACGGGUAAUAGCAACCAAACUAAACACAUUACAUCGUCCAAUAGUCAACUAGACUACCCUGAAGGAUGUGUAUUGGAGAUAACCGAUCUAGAUCCUCUAAUGAACAAACCUACACUGCGAUCAAAUUUAAUUGAGGUUGUUGAUGAGAACGACAUUGCUUACAUUGAGUACGUCAAGGCUAUAGGUACAGCUAUUGUUCGAUUUGCAAACACAAAAUCCGCUGUUACCGCUCAGAAAGCUAUUGGAGGUGUCAUACUUACAGGUACACGUGAAACUAGCUACUGGAAGAAUAUACCUGAACGUCUACGCAUGCAAGCACUAGAAAAAGCUUGUCCAGAAAUUGCUAGUACUAACAUAUCCAAAUUUCAAUCACCGGAACAUUACGAGCAAGUGGAUAAAAAGCGUCAUAGGAAUAAGUAAGAUAAGUAAGAUGCAACAGAUAAUUUGAUUUUCUAAUCAUUUGUAUUAAGAUGCUAAUGUAAUUU